AUGCGAUUACUAGGUCAUCAAGCUGAACAGAUCACUAGCCUAAUAACACAACAAAAAGCUUUAAUACGCGAUAUGCUAAAAAAACGAUGUCCGUGGAAUCCGUUAUUUGGAAGACCUGCAAAAAUAACGGUUGUGGAUAAAUUCCAAGAACAGCAAGAUAAUUAUAUAUCAGCUGACAUUCCGAGAUGUGCGACAUCUUAUGUCCCGAGCACUCCUUGGCUAUACGUGUUUUGGCGACGUGCAUUAUGA